CAGGAGGAAACGACGAGCGUGCGCGAGACUAAACUGCGUCGAGUCGACCCGCUGCUGUCACGAGCCCUGUCCAGGCAACCAAGAAGAGGCUUGCGGAUAAGACUUGCUCUAUAUUACUGACGAGCUCCUAUUUACCACGCUUUGCAAAUUGUUUAAUAUAACUGGAAUCUUAGUCCCUAUAUUUGGUGGGGAAUUACGACUGUUCGAGGAGUGAUUACGUUCGAUUGGUCAUGUAUUCCAGCAUUUGAAUGAUAUUGCUAGCCAGCUAGCUAGCUAGCUGUUUAGCUAGCUUGACCGUGAGUGAAUCGAAGCUAACAUACAUUUUCGGAAAACAUUUUCAACGUCACAUUCCUGGUCCUAUUUUUCUGCGGAAUUUUCUGUCAUAGGCGGUUCAACCCGGGCUAUUUUUUUUACUGUGGAUGUCGUGCGCUGUCAUAUCCAGCAGCUCGUAUUGCUUCCAAUCUGUCAUCGGAAGGGAUUGAAUGAAAUAGCUACCCAUAAUCGGCGGAAACGAGCUAGUUAACGGGGAUACCCUGCUGCUAGUUGAUCCACCGCCAUCGGGCUAAUCUAGCCGAUGCUAUCUUCGGUCACCAACGCAAGCCUAGAGCAACUUCAAUAGCUAAUCACAAAGUUAUCGUUCCCGGUUGCGUCUGAUCGGUCUGUUUCGCUGUUAUAACGGAGUUUAUUGCUGGGCUCGUUGUCGUUCAGCGGAACAUUUGUAUUUCGACGCACGGGCAGUCAGAAAAGCUGACCGACGCCAGUUCAUUUGCACCAGAGAGGUCGGAGUGAACAGAGAAUCCUGCAAAAAUGCCGGCGGUGUCGAAGGGAGACGGGAUGCGCGGACUGGCCGUGUUCAUAUCCGAUAUCCGUAAUUGUAAAAGCAAGGAAGCCGAGAUCAAGCGGAUCAAUAAAGAGCUGGCCAACAUCCGCUCCAAGUUUAAGGGGGACAAGGCCCUGGAUGGCUACAGCAAGAAGAAGUAUGUCUGCAAGCUGCUCUUCAUAUUCCUGCUCGGCCAUGACAUCGACUUUGGACACAUGGAAGCUGUCAACCUUCUCAGUUCCAACAAGUACACAGAGAAACAAAUUGGCUACCUGUUCAUUUCAGUGCUGGUGAACAGCAACAGCGAGCUGAUCCGACUGAUCAACAACGCCAUCAAGAACGACCUGUCCAGCCGCAACCCCACCUUCAUGUGCCUGGCUCUGCACUGCAUCGCCAACGUCGGCAGCAGGGAGAUGGCCGAGGCCUUCGCCGGGGAGAUCCCUCGUAUCCUUGUGGCCGGGGACACCAUGGACAGUGUGAAGCAGUCGGCAGCUCUGUGUCUACUGCGUCUCUACAAAGCCUCCCCGGACCUGGUGCUGAUGGGCGAGUGGACCUCCCGCGUGGUGCAUCUCCUCAACGACCAGCACAUGGGCGUGGUGACGGCAGCCAUCUCUCUCAUCACCUGCCUCAGCCAGAAGAACCCAGACGAGUUCAAGACCUGCGUGUCCCUGGCCGUCUCCCGGCUCAGCAGGAUCGUGUCGUCUGCCUCCACAGACCUCCAGGACUACACCUACUACUUUGUCCCGGCGCCGUGGCUGUCCUGCAAGCUGCUGCGCCUGCUGCAGUGCUACCCCCCGCCAGAGGAUGGUGCCGUCAAGGGCCGGCUGGUGGAGUGUCUGGAGACCAUCCUGAACAAGGCCCAGGAGCCGCCCAAGUCCAAGAAGGUGCAGCACUCCAACGCCAAGAACGCCAUCCUCUUCGAGGCCAUCUCCCUCAUCAUCCACUAUGACAGCGAGCCCAACCUGUUGGUGCGGGCCUGCAACCAGCUGGGCCAGUUCCUGCAGCACCGCGAGACCAACCUGCGCUACCUGGCGCUGGAGAGCAUGUGCACCCUGGCCAGCUCCGAGUUCUCCCACGAGGCCGUCAAGACGCACAUCGAGACCGUCAUCAACGCGCUCAAGACGGAGAGGGACGUGAGCGUGCGUCAGAGGGCGGCCGACCUGCUCUACGCCAUGUGCGACCGCAGCAACGCCAAGCAGAUCGUGGCGGAGAUGCUGAGCUACCUGGAGACCGCCGACUACUCCAUCCGCGAGGAGAUGGUGCUGAAGGUGGCCAUCCUGGCGGAGAAGUACGCGGUGGACUACUCGUGGUACGUGGACACCAUCCUCAACCUGAUCCGCAUCGCCGGGGACUACGUCAGCGAGGAGGUGUGGUACCGCGUCAUCCAGAUCGUCAUCAACCGCGACGACGUGCAGGGCUACGCCGCCAAGACCGUGUUCGAGGCGCUGCAGGCCCCCGCCUGCCACGAGAACAUGGUCAAGGUGGGAGGCUACAUCCUGGGAGAGUUUGGUAAUCUCAUUGCUGGAGACCCCCGCUCAAGCCCUCUGGUCCAGUUCAACCUCCUCCACUCCAAGUUCCACCUGUGCUCGGUGCCCACGCGGGCCCUGCUGCUCUCGGCCUACAUAAAGUUCAUCAACCUGUUCCCCGAGACCAAGGCCACCAUCCAGGAGGUGCUGCGCUCCGACAGCCAGAUCCGCAACUCGGACGUGGAGCUGCAGCAGCGCGCCGUCGAGUACCUCAAGCUGUCCUCCAUCGCCAGCACCGACGUCCUGGCCACAGUGCUGGAGGAGAUGCCCCCCUUCCCCGAGAGAGAGUCGUCCAUCCUGGCCAAGCUGAAGAAGAAGAAGGGCCCGGGGGUGGUGCCCGUGUCCGAGCUGGAGGACGGGAAGCGGGAGGGCGGGGAGCUGAACGGAGGGGGGGACAGGGGGCCUGAUUCCGCCAUGUCGGCCUCCAACGCCUCCACCCCCUCCCCGUCCGCCGACCUCCUGGGUCUGCGCUCCGCCGCCCCCGUCAGCGCCGCCGCCCCGAGCGCCGGCAGCCUAUUGGUCGACGUGUUCUCUGAGUCUGGCGCCGGCGGUCCUGCCGCCGCGGUGAACGACGACGGCUUCCUCAGAGAUCUGGAACCGCCCACGGAGACCUCUGACACCCUAUUGGUCGAGGCUCCUGGUGACUCUGACUCUGUCCCCCCUUCUGCGGCUUCUGAGGACCUCGCUCCCCCUCUGCCCGAGGCGGACGAGCUUCUGAACAAGUUUGUGUGCAAGAACAACGGCGUGCUGUUUGAGAACCAGCUGCUGCAGAUCGGGAUCAAGUCGGAGUACCGUCAGAAUCUGGGGAGAAUGUACUUGUUCUACGGCAACAAGACGUCCGUGCAGUUCGCCAGCUUCAGCACCACAGUCAGCUACCCCGGGGAGCUGCAGUCUCAGCUCAACGUUCAGACCAAGCCGGUGGAGCCCCUGGUGGAGGGAGGCGCGCAGGUGCAGCAGGUGCUCAACAUCGAGUGCAUCACCGACUUCUCGGAGGCCCCGCAGCUCAACAUCAAGUUCAGGUACGGGGGAGCCCUGCAGAACAUCACCCUCAAGCUGCCCGUCACCAUCAACAAGUUCUUUCAGCCCACGGAGAUGGCCGCGACGGACUUCUUCCAGCGCUGGAAACAGCUCAGCCAGCCGCAGCAGGAAGCACAGAAGAUCUUCAAGGCCAACCACGGCAUGGAUACAGAAGUGCUCAAGGCUAAGCUGCUGGGUCUGGGCACGGCCCUCCUGGAGAACGUGGACCCCAACCCGGAGAACUACGUGUGCGCCGGCGUGGUCCAGACCAAGUCGCAGCAGGUGGGCGUCCUCCUGCGCCUGGAGCCCAACGCGCAGGCCCAGCCUGGCGUCCAGAUGUACCGGCUGACGCUGCGCAGCAGUAAAGACACGGUCUCCAAGCGGCUGUGCGACCUGCUGGCGGAACAGUUCUGAGCGCGCGCUGAGGGGG